AUGAAUAAUAAUCGAAGAAGAUAAUCUCGCUCUGCCGAAAGAGUUACUUAACAGUCUUCAAUAAAACAUUAAUCAGAAACAAAGCCAGCUUUUCUUUUAGAUCUAUAAAAUGAAAUGGAGUAUAUAGAAGACAUUUUAAUUUUGAUGGCGCGAAUAAAUCGAACUCAAUUUUAAGACCCUCAAUAAUUGAAACAUGCCCUAAAAACAUAGAACUCAGUCUAUUUAAGUAUUACUCUAUAUAACUAGAUAUUUUAUAACUUAUUAUGAAUGUAAUUGAUCCAUACUUAGAGAUCAAAAGCUUUUCUGAUGAAAAAUUUUAGUUACUAUUAAAAAGACUUGGCUAUCCUUGUAAGCACAUGUCAAAAACAAGGUUUAUGAGUUUAGGGUCAUCUCAUACCUAUUUGCAAUCACUUCAUAUUUUGUCUUGGCUUUGCAGGCAAGCUUAACAAAUAAUAUCAAUCAAUGAACGAAUAGAAAAUGGAUAGUAUUAACCAAUUGAGAUAGAAAAUGAAUCAUUUUCUAAUAAACUUAAAAAGAAAUUAGCAGAGUAUAUAGUUCACCUACUAAAUUAGAUAUUUACAGGAUGGCUAUAUAGGUACAAUUGACGACUCAAGCCUAGAGAAGUGUUAUAGGGAUGCAAAACAAAAGUUAACCAUCGAAAUCAAUUAGUUAUAAAAGGACAUAUCCAAGCUUAAUUGUGACUUGAAUAUCAUCAAGGCCUCUGAACCCAAUCUGCCUGAAUUAGAAGAAUAAUACAAAAAUUUAGAAAAUGAGCUAACAGAAGUUACUAAAGAGGUAUAAGAAAAUUAAUCAUUACUUGAAUCAACUAGGAAUCAAACCAAUUAGAGCAUGAGCAAGUAAUUAGAGUUCGAUAAUGAAAUACUUAAGGUACAUAAACUAAUAGAAGCUAAAAGAUAAUAUAUUGCCUAAUAGCCAAUUAAAAUUGAUAAAGCUAAAGAAAUGGAAGCUAAAGAUUAUUAGUUAACUAUUUAAUCUUAAUAAUUACUUAAUGAAUUAUAAAAUUAUUAAAAAGAACUUGAUAAAACAAGGUAGGAUAAAACAGAAGUACUUUGUAAAAUAUCAAAUAUUAUUUAAAUGUUGAAUUCUGGCAAAGUUAAAUUUAAUAAAGAUUAUGAAACAUUUGAAAAAAAUCUCUAUUCUUAUUAAUAAAAACUAGAAUAGAAUAAUGGAAUAUAAAUUGGAGAAGAUGAAAAUCUUUUGGAUAUGGAAAUAGAUGCUUAGUUUGAGCAAAAGCUUGCUAACGAAUAGAUUGACUAUAAAAGUAGAAAGAGUUUAGUAGCAUAUGAUCUGAUUUAAAAAUAGGAUACAGAAUCUAUUCUAAAGUUGCUAUUGCCAAAUAAAGAAUAAAUUCUCAGAGAUCUAAAUUAGUAAUUACAAGAAAUUAUAAAUAAAUUGUCAAUUAGUAAAAAUAAGGCCUUAGAGAUGAAAAAUGAAUUAAAUCAAAAAUUAAAGUAAUUAGAAGAUAUUGAAUGCGCAAAAAAAAUGAUUAUUUAAGAGAUCAGCUAAUUAAAUGAUUCUACUGAAGAACUUAAAGUUCUUAAAUAAAUCUAUUUAGAACAUCAAGAAAAACAACAAAUAUUACUAAAGGAAAUGGAAUAGAAAAAGUUAGAAAUAAAAUUCAUAGUGGAUAGAAAAAAUUUAGAUAUUAUAGAAAUUGAUAGAUUGAAGAAAUAAAAUCAAGAAAAUUAAGAAAUUAUAUUAACAAUGUAACAGCAAGCAGAGAUUAUUGAAGAAAAAAAUACAGCAUUGUAGCAGCAGUUUAAAGAUUGGGUAAAAGAUAAUUUGGAUCAAUUUUUGAAUUUAAUUUAAGAAGUUAAAAUUUGA